AUGGGAAACUGUAACGCAUGCGUUAGACCGGACGACAUCCCUGAAAGUAAAACGAACCGGUCCGAACACAGCCAGAGAGGUAAGAAAAAAACCCGGGAAAGGAAACCGAACCCAUACGCCGAGAAAGUCCCCUCGCCGGCUCCGAUCCGAGUUCUAAAAGACGUGAUUCCACUUAGUCACCGAACUCGAAUAGGCGACAAGUAUAUCCUCGGACGCGAACUCGGCCGAGGGGAGUUCGGAAUCACCUACCUCUGCACGGAUAGGGAAACUCGAGAAGCCCUCGCGUGCAAGUCAAUCUCCAAGAGGAAACUCCGAACAGCCGUCGACAUCGAAGACGUCCGACGCGAGGUUGCCAUAAUGUCAACGUUGCCGGAACAUCCGAAUAUUGUGAAGUUGAAAGCGACAUACGAGGACAACGAAAAUGUCCAUUUGGUUAUGGAGCUUUGUGAAGGAGGGGAAUUGUUUGAUAGGAUAGUAGCGAGAGGGCAUUACACGGAGCGCGCGGCGGCGAACGUGGCGAAGACGAUAGCGGAGGUGGUUAGGAUGUGUCACGAGAACGGGGUUAUGCAUAGAGAUUUGAAGCCGGAGAAUUUUUUGUUUGGGAGUAAGAAAGAACACGCGCCGCUAAAAGCGAUUGACUUUGGUUUGUCUGUGUUUUUUAAGCCUGGGGAGAGGUUUUCAGAGAUUGUGGGGAGUCCAUACUAUAUGGCUCCUGAGGUUUUGAAACGAAAUUAUGGACCGGAGGUUGAUGUGUGGAGUGCGGGAGUGAUCCUUUACAUUUUGUUAUGUGGGGUUCCUCCCUUUUGGGCAGAGACUGAACAGGGUGUUGCUCUUGCAAUUUUGAGAGGGGUCAUUGAUUUUAAGAGGGAACCUUGGCCUCAGGUUUCCGAGAGCGCCAAGAGUCUUGUUAGACAAAUGUUAGAACCAGAUCCUAAGAAGCGGUUGACUGCUCAACAGGUGCUUGAACAUUCCUGGUUGCAAAAUGCAAAGAAAGCUCCAAAUGUUCCAUUAGGAGAUAUUGUGAGAACAAGGCUCAAGCAGUUCUCUGUGAUGAAUAGAUUCAAAAAGAAGGCGUUGCGGGUAAUUGCAGAGCACUUAUCUGUAGAAGAGGUUGAAGUAAUCAGAGAUAUGUUCACAUUGAUGGAUACCGACAAUGAUGGAAAAGUUUCAUAUGAGGAGCUGAAGGCUGGGCUUCGAAAGGUCGGUUCACAAUUAGCUGAACCAGAGAUCAAGAUGUUGAUGGAAGUGGCUGAUGUUGAUGGAAACGGGGUACUAGACUAUGGAGAAUUUGUAGCAGUGACAAUUCACUUGCAGAAGAUGGAGAAUGAUGAGCAUUUCCGCAGAGCAUUUAUGUUCUUUGACAAAGAUGGGAGUGGAUAUAUUGAACUGGAUGAGUUACGGGAAGCCUUAGCUGAUGAAUCAGGUGAAGCUGAUGUUGAUGUGCUGAACGAUAUCAUGCGUGAAGUUGAUGCUGACAAGGAUGGUUGUAUCAGUUAUGAUGAAUUUGUUGCCAUGAUGAAAGCUGGUACUGAUUGGAGAAAGGCAUCAAGGCAGUAUUCGAGAGAGAGGUUCAAGAGCUUGAGUCUUAACCUGAUGAAAGAUGGUUCUUUGCAGCUCCAUGAUGCGGUUACUGGCCAAGCUGUUGCUGUUUGAGCUAUAUAUGGGACCUAUGACUUUGUUAAGCUUGUGCCUGCUGGAUGUUUCUCUCACCCUUUUGUUGUCGAUAAAUGAUUGUAUAUCUGGAAAAAUAGCAGACGGGUGGCUUCACAGAGUGGCAUUUAGGUUUAACAAUGAGCUCUUGGAGGCAGACAGAAUAUUCUUUGAUAACAUGUUGACAUGGCUGGCUUUGGUUGGUGUUUUGCUGCAUGGAAGUGUGGAUUAAUCCGUUAGAGUGGUUAGCAGAUGGUAGCAUGUGAAGGCAUGUCCAUGUAUAUUUGUUCGUGUCAUGUUGUUUGAUGAUUUACCUGGUAUUAUUUUAUUUCCAUUUUGUGCAGAAUCUAGUAUAGGGUUGUUCAUAAGCAAUGUGAGUCUUUGGAAAAAUAUUCCCAAGGUUUGUUAUCCCAUCCAUUUGUGGUCUAAUUUUCUCAUGUAAAAGCUCCUAUUGUUUGUUGGAAAAGGAAACUGAGAGAGACAGAAGAAAGGGUUGUUACUUAUUGAUGUUGUGAUCAA